CAUCUUAUAAAAUCUCAAACUCAAUACGUAUGAGACCAAAUUCUUUUUUUUUUUUUCAUUUUUCUAUAAAAUAGAGAUGGGGUUUUGCCAUGUUGCCCAGGCUGGCCUGAAACUCCUGGGCUCAAGCAAUCUUCCCGCCUUGGCUCCCCAAAGUGCUAGGAUUACAGGUGUGAGCCACCGCACCCAGCCUGAAACCAAAUUCUUGAUCCACCUUACAAACUCCUCCCUCAGUGUUCCCUGUUUCAGUAAAUGGCAUCUUCAUUUUCACUCAGUUGCUCAGACCAGAAACCUAAUUGUUAUAAUUGACUUGUGUCUUUCUCUCACGCUCAUAUCCAGUAGCAAUUCCUGUCAGCUUUACCUUUACAACAUAAACUGAAUUUGACUACUUCUCAUCAUCUCUGCUUCUGUCACUCUAGUCUAGUCCAAGUCACCAUCUUCUCUUGCCUGGGCAACUGCAGUAGCCUCUUAAUUGGUCUCCUUUUUCCCUAUUUCUUCACAAUCUCCUCACACAGCAGCCAGAGUGAUCCUUUUAAAACCUAAAACUAAUGAUAGUACUCCCCUGUUCAAAACCUUAUGGUGAUUUCCCAUCUCGCUCAACAUAAAACCCAGAGUUCGGAGAGCAGGCCAGAGCCCAGGCCCGGCCCAGUGGCGCCCGCCAGGUAGACCCAGGCGAGGCCGCGUGCCGGCGCGAGGGGAGCCCACUGCGGGAACAUCCAAUCAUGGAUAAAAAUGAGCUGGUUCAGAAGGCCAAACUGGCCGAGCAGGCUGAGCGAUAUGAUGACAUGGCAGCCUGCAUGAAGUCUGUAACUGAGCAAGGAGCUGAAUUAUCCAAUGAGGAGAGGAAUCUUCUCUCAGUUGCUUAUAAAAAUGUUUUAGGAGCCCGUAGGUCAUCUUGGAGGGUCGUCUCAAGUAUUGAACAAAAGACGGAAGGUGCUGAGAAAAAACAGCAGAUGGCUCGAGAAUACAGAGAGAAAGUUGAGACGGAGCUAAGAGAUAUCUGCAAUGAUGUACUGUCUCUUUUGGAAAAGUUCUUGAUCCCCAGUGCUUCACAAGCAGAGAGCAAAGUCUUCUAUUUGAAAAUGAAAGGAGAUUACUACCGUUACUUAGCUGAGGUUGCCGCUGGUGAUGACAAGAAAGGGAUUGUGGGUCAGUCACAACAAGCAUACCAAGAAGCUUUUGAAAUCAGCAAAAAGGAAAUGCAACCAACACAUCCUAUCAGACCAGGUCUGGCCCUUAACUUCUCUGUGUUCUAUUAUGAGAUUCUGAACUCCCCAGAGAAAGCCUGCUCUCUUGCAAAGACAGCUUUUGAUGAAGCCAUUGCUGAACUUGAUACAUUAAGUGAAGAGUCAUACAAAGACAGCAUGCUAAUAAUGCAAUUACUGAGAGACAACUUGACAUCGUGGACAUCAGAUACCCAAGGAGACGAAGCUGAAGCAGGAGAAGGAGGGGAAAAUUAACCGGCCUUCCAACUUUUGUGUGCCUCAUUCUAAAAUUUACACAG